UCUCUCACUUUACUCCCCGCACUUUACAAUUCGAUCAAGUAACCCCCCAAGUCACAGGAAAACCUCUGAUUACAAACAUAAAACUAAUCAUGCUUAGGACGGAGAUUAGCGGUGGCACUUGCACCGCCAGUACUUCAGUCGCAGCUUCCGCCGCCGUUACCGCUGCCUCUUCACCUUCACCCCAAUCGCAACCGCAAACGCAAACGCAAACGCAGGUCGUGGCGAGCCCCUGUGCGGCUUGCAAGAUCCUGCGACGGCGUUGUGUGGCGGAUAAAUGCGUAUUGGCGCCGUAUUUUCCUCCGACGGAGCCGACGAAGUUCACCAUCGCCCACCGUGUCUUUGGCGCCAGCAAUAUCAUCAAGUUCUUGCAGGAGCUUCCCGAAUCCCAGAAAACGGAUGCAGUGAACAGUAUGGUAUAUGAAGCGAGGGCUAGAAUAAGAGAUCCAGUGUACGGAAGCGCGGGUUCCAUUUACCAUCUGCAAAGGCAAGUGAUCGAGCUCCGAGCUCAGAUUGCCGAGGCACAAGUCGAGAUUAUGAACAUGCAGCACCAACGGUCGAAUCUGUUGGCAUUGUUGGUUUGUAAAACGGACCGACCAAACACGGCGUCACCGGACCAACAACAAGGACAAAACAAUCUCUCUAACCUCGAGCCGAGCUCCUUUGAAAGCGGCGAUGAGCUCAUGAGUAGUAGCCCUCGUGAUGACGAGAUCGAUGAUUUGGGCUUUCUUGAGGACUAUAACUCUAACAACAGCAUGGACGACAUCAACACCACCUCCUCAAUGCCGUGGUGGGAUCAUCCUCUUUGGUCAUCAUGAUGAUGAUGAUUAUGACGAUGAUGAUGAUUAUAACGAUGACGAUGAUGAUGAUCAUCAUAGUCCACAUAAAAGCGUUUUAGUUGUUAGUUUGAUUUAGUUUCAUAUAUAAAGGGUAAAUAAAGCAAUCGUAUUUUAACA